AGUAACGCCAUUUUUGUGUCGAGUUGACCAGUUAAUUUGUGUCGUGUGCGUCAUUUUAACGAAAUUAUGAUAUAAUUCCAUUAAAUAUUAUUAUUUUCAGUAAUUGUUGUUUAACAAAGUGAAGGCCAUGAGUUAUAUUUUUAAAAGAAUAUCAUUGUGACCGUGUAUAUCGAUUAUUUUCUGUGAUUUUGUCUGCGCGGGAAAUGUGGUAUUUUCCGAUAUCACUCGCAAUAACCAAACAUAACUAAAUUGUGUACAAUACCAGCAUUUAUCAGCAGUAAAAAUGAUUUCUCAACGCGUUCGUGAAAGUAGAAGAGUCAGAGCGCUCAAAAUGCCCAAGAAUAUUGAACGCUUGUACAAGGAAGGGAAGUGUCGAGACUGUGCAGUUGUUGUGACGCGAAUGGACUUUGCAAAGAUUUUGGGUAAAUUUACUAAAGUAAAAAUACAAUAUGAAAGUUGUUCGACACCGAAAACGAAAAAGACAACAGAGGUACCUUCACCUAACUCAAAUACUAGAUUAAAACGCAAUGAGAAUGGUAUGGUACUUAUUCACAGAAAUGCUUACAGCCAACAUCCUGUGAAAGAACUUCUCAAUAAUAAAAAACCAAAAACUAGUGUCUCCCAACCAGUUACGCCUAAACAAACUAACAAUAUACUAAAAGAGAAUAAUCGCCUAAAAAAGACUCCUGCGGUAAAAGACAAGAACUCUAAUAUCAAUAUUUCCAGUAGCAAUGAAUCUAAGAAAAAAAAUAACAAUUCACAGCUAAAACAAUACGGCAUAAUAUUCAUUGAUCCAACAUCAAACAAUAACAAUGAAUUCAAAAAUAAAACAACCUUAAAUGAUUUGUUGCCUUUAUUAGAUAAAACUAUUUUACCAAAUAGAGACUGGUCUUAUGACUACUUGCCACGUAAUGCGGAACCAACUAAUGAUAAAGUGUAUGACAGAAUAGCAGCAGAAUUAGAAGAUUUGAUGUAUAAUGAGAAACCGUCUCUUAAAUCAGCAGAAAAAGAUCAGCAUACUGAAACUAAAGUUGAUGACUUUCCAUCAAUAAUGGAUAUUUUGAAUGACAAUUCAAAUGACAGUAGUAAACCAAACAAUCAGAAUGCAACAAAUUUAGAAUCGAGUGAUGUUGAAGCAAUGCUUCUUGGAAAAUCUGAUACCACAAAUAAAACUUUGGUAUCUAAUUCAAUGGACGUUGACAAUGCUGACAUGAGCAAUUUGAUUGCUGACGUUGCACAAUUAAAUGCUAUUCAAGUAGCAACAUCAGAUCAAGAUAAUGUGAUGAAAACACUACCUAUUGUUGAAGAAAUUGAUAAUCCUCACAGCCCAUCUAUCCUUGAUGAAGCAUUACAAAAGGGAAUAGAAGAACAUUUGCCUUGUGACCCUUCAUUGAAUUCAGAGAAUACUGAUAAUAAAACUGAAAGUCAGAAUAAAGUAAUCAAUAAUGAUGUUCCUACUGAAGGUGUCAAUUCUAAUAAUACAAGUAAAAAUCUUCAAACAAACUCUAAUUCAGAGGAGAUUAACAAUAAACCCGAUAUAAACAGUCAGGAAAUAUCUUUUCCACCUAACGUUUCACAUUUGAUUUUCAAGAAACAUGUUAAUGGUGAAUGUGUAAAAUGUGUGACAUGUCCCAAAAACCUUAAAUAUAAUGUUGAACUGGAAGGCAAAUCUGUUGAAUUCUUGGGAGCACCUAAGUUCAUUACUAGCUUAGAGGAUCUCAAAGUGUUAUUGCAGAUUGUGAAUGAGACUGAACUUGAACAUCUAUAUGUUUGUCAAUAACUUGUUUAAAUUUACAGUAUGUUUUAAAAAUUAUGCUAUUAUACAGAAUGAAAUGUAAAGUCAUAUAGGCAUUUUUUUAAUGUCUUUGAGACAUAAAAAUUGUGCAAAUCAGUAAAUACAUAAGGAUAAUCAGCCUAAUUAAUUGGACUGUUUUCCAAAGAUUGGUUUGCAAUGUAAUAUUAAAUAUACAUUGCAUGUGUUAAAGACAAAUUUGAGUAAAAUAUUUUGUGAAAUAUCCUGUAAUAUCUUUUUUGGCUAGUAUGCACUAUUUAUUAGUGUAAGGAUAUGAGAAAAAUUUAUUUAGAAUAAAACUAUGUUAAGUUAUGUACAUUGUGUAUUAUUUUCAGUAAAAAGUAUCUGAUAGGAAGGCUACAAUGAUAGUAAACCAAUCAUUAUGUAUGAAAUCUUUAGUUAGCAUGAUUAUAGUAAUCAUUGAUUUCAGGACUCAUAAAUAAAUAAUACAUUGUGUGUUACUGUUUGGGUACUUAUCUGAAAAAAAGAGGCUUUUGGUUUAUUUAUGUGUAUUUGAUUUCUUUUUAAAAGUUAAUCCAUGUACAUUAUUGGCUAAACACAAUAUUGAUACCAUUUAUUUAUU